CAAAACUUCUACCAUGAGUCAAUGCUUCGCGAUGCAGGUAGCAUGACUACAUUGACGCCUCCAAGCUCUCGACUUCGUCGCGGAGGCAUCCUGUAUGGCCAAAUGUACAGUCUCACCAAGGAGAUCAUAGACGCCGCUCGCACGUUUCCAUUUCAGAAUCCAGAUCUACGACACUUGGCAUUGGAUCCUCAGCUCCGCAAUGUUCGCAGUCAUGUUUUUGUUGAUUUCGUCUGGCACAACAUCAACAAGUUUACGACCGGGUUUGAGCUGGUCCGAGCCCAACGGGAACUGCCACAACCAGUGGGAUCGCCACAAGUGCGUCACGGCCUUGGCUUUAGUCAAACAUUAGAGCAGUAUGGCUACUGCUGGAUUGAGCCUCGUAUAGACUGGGCUCUAUUGAGGUUCCUUCCGAGCAUUACCGAUUCAGUCUUAUUCGGGAAUGGCACGCUCCAACAGCGAUAU